CCAUGUCCCUUCCUUACCUGACUGAGCGCCAGCUAGCCAUAUCAGCUAUCCGACGAGCCUGUGUGUUAACUAACUCCGUGUUCAACAAACUGGUGAAAAAUGAAACUUUGACCAAGGACGACAAGUCGCCAGUAACCGUGGGCGACUAUGCUGCGCAGGGAGUGAUAAGCACUAUGAUUCACAAUGCGUUCCCGGACGACCUUAUUGUGGGCGAGGAAGAUGCGACCGACCUCCGUAUGGACUCUGGUGCCGAGCUCAGGCGGCGAAUCGUUGAGCUUGCCAACGUAGCUAUCGUUGGACCGCUAGGUGUUGGCGAUGUGAAGGAAUGGGGAAUUGGGCCAGGCCAGGCGCUGAGCCCGGACGCACUGAUGGAUGCUAUCGACAGAGGAAACUUCAAAGGCGGACGGACGGGAAGAAUGUGGACCAUUGAUCCCAUUGACGGAACCAAGGGCUUCCUCCGAGGAGAGCAGUACGCUGUUUGUCUUUCGCUCAUCGUCGACGCCCAAGUCCAAGUCGGUGUCAUUGGAUGCCCCAACCUCCCACUCAACGCUGACACCAAGGGCUGCAUAUUCGUCGCUGUCAGGGGACAGGGCGCUGAGCAACUCACCAUCUCAGGAUCCAAUCCCACGCCCAUCUCAAUGCCCACCCUGGCACCCUCUGAACUCAACUUCCUUGAAUCCGUCGAGGCAGCACAUGCAUCUCAUUCCACCAACGAUAAGAUCUCUUCGAUCUUGGGUAUCACGCGUCCGCCAAUUCGAAUGGACAGUCAGGCGAAAUAUGGCUGUCUGGCUCGAGGCGAUGGCGGGGCUUACAUGCGUAUGCCCACCGGUGCUGGUUACAAAGAAAAGAUCUGGGAUCAUGCCCCUGGGGCCCUCCUUGUGGAAGAAGCUGGCGGAGUCGUAACGGAUUCGCGGGGCCACGCACUGGACUUUGGACUGGGACGCACUCUGGGAGAAAAUUUUGGUGUCAUUGCUGCCAGCAAGGCUUCCCAUUCGAAAGUGCUAGAGGCGGUUCAGAAGGCGAUUGCGCCGGAAGAGAAGUUGUGAGGAGCGUGCAGGAAACAGUGUCUGUAAAGGAAUCAUGUACGAUAUAGAACUCAAUAUUUUCCGCGUGAGAUUGUAGAUUGUGAAGCAGCCUGGUUCAAGGAAUUGGCCACUUGAACUCUAAGGACUAUUUCGAAAUCAAAAAGCCUUCUGCCGACUACUAGGGUUUUGCAUACACAUAGCUAUUUACUGGGC